AUGGGAUUGCCUCUGCCCGAGCUAGCUCCUCAGUUGAUCAAGAUGAUGGAGGAACAAAAGGGGGCAGGACAGGUCAGACAACCUCGUCCCGACCUCGCGAGACCUAGCACUCAUCAGCCUGGCCGGGGAAAGGAGCCAGAAGGAUCACGGGAGGUCAAGAACAGAGGCAAUGCAGCUGUCAGAGAAAUCGGCAUGAUCUCUGGAGGGCUGACUGACGGAGAUUCAGGGAGGGCACGUAAGUCUCAUGUUCGGCGCUUGGAGGUUCAUGCCGUCGAAUGCAGUAAGGAGCAAGCUGCUGGCCCUGUUAUUAGCUUUGGGCCAGCAGACCUGGAGGGGCUGGAGUUGCCUCAUGACGAUGCGCUCAUCAUCAAAGCCGUCAUUGCCAAUAGCCGAGUGACUCGGGUUUUUGUUGACACUGGGAGCUCGGUCAACAUUUUAUUUAGGACUGCAUUUGAAGAGAUGCAGAUUGAUGCUGCUGAACUUCAGCCAGUAGCUACAUCUUUAUAUGGAUUCACAGCCACCCUUGAGGCUGUGGGGGCCGUGCUCAUUAAAGAAAAUGACAAUGUACAAUGGCCGGUGUAUUUCUUCAGCCAUUUGUUGAAAGGAGCCGAGUCCCGAUACACGACACUCGAGAAGUUGGUUUACGGACUGUAUCAGCCUCGCACCGCUAUAAAGGCACAAACCUUGGCAAAUUUCUUGACAGAGGUACAUCAAACCAGCCCUGAAGAAACGUGGAAGAUCUAUGUGGAUGGGUCUUCGAAUCAUCAUGGAAGCGGGGUCGAGGUCUUAGUAAUAUCUCCUCAAGGAGAUAUACUCCAGUUGGCGGUUCGAUUGAAUUUUCGAGCCACUAACAAUGAGGCAGAGUAUGAGGCUUUGUUGGUUGGACUGCAAGCAGCCUGGCAUGUCGGGGUCGCUCGAGUAAUCAUCUAUUCAGAUUCACAGUUGGUGACUCAGCAAGUUACCGACAACUUUGUUAUAAAUUGUGAUAAAUUGCAAAUGUAUCGGGAAGCUUAUGAGAAGAUGAAGGCAGAAUUUGCAGAGGUCACUGUGACAAAGAUACCCAGGUCGGAGAAUGAGCGAGCAGACGAAUUGGCAAAGAUGGUCAGUUCCUUAACUACUUGGGUGCUGGAUAGGUCAACGGCACAAACCUUUCUGAUAGCCCAGAUAGAUUUGCAAAACAAUGCAGAAGCAACUAUUGAUUGGCGGGCACCCAUGAUCAGUUAUCUCAGGCAAGGUAUCUUACCUACAUAUCCCGAAGAAUCUCGAUUGAUAAGGAGGCAGGCUCAUGCUUAUGUCAUGAUUGGGGACCAGCUCUACAAGAGGUCCUUCUCUCGGCCCUUACUUAAAUGCUUGAGUAUGGAGGAAGCCGACCAGACCUUGCGAGAAAUACAUCUAGGAUGCUGUGGCAGUCAUGUAGGCGGUCAGACAUUAUCUCGCAAGGUGCUCCUGGCCGGGUAUUUCUGGCUUACUUUACAGAGGGAUGCUCACAAGUUGGUGAACACAUGCUUGUCCUGCCAGAAACAUCAAAACUUGACACAUCGCCCUACGUCCCAAUUGAGAACGUCUAUAGUGUCCUGCCCUUUUGAUCAAUGGGGCAUGGAUAUCGUGGGACCAUUUCCGAUGGCACCAGGUCAGAGGCGCUUCUUAUUGGUGGUCGUGGACUAUUUUUCUAAGUGGGUAGAAGCAGAAGCCCUGGCCCGUAUCACAGAAGAUUCUGUCAUUCAAUUCUUGUGGAAGAACAUCCUUUGUAGGUUUGGUAUUCCCCACAAGAUGGUGUCUGACAAUGGAAGGCAAUUUCAAGGACAAAGAAUCCAGGCCUGGUGCAAGGGAUUUGACAUAACGCAAGCCUUCACUUCAGUAGCUUAUCCUCAAAGAAAUGGUCAAACCGAGGAAAUCAACAAAGAGAUAGUGCGAGGUUUGAAGGUCAAGCUGGAUCAUGUCGGAGGCAAUUGGGUGGAAGAGCUGCCUAGCAUUCUGUGGGCAUAUCGUACAACACCUCGGGAGAGCACAGGUCUGACACCCUUUCACUUGGUUUAUGGCAAUGAGGCCGUGGUACCCAUAGAAAUUGGAGUGCCGUCGGUCAGAAGGACACUAUACGAUGAAGGAAACACGGAAUGA